AAGUAGAUAUCCCUGAAUUCGAUGCCAACGAGCCCGUGGGGAUGUAUAUUUUCGAGGAGAAAGACGAAUGUGCGCUUGGACAGGAUUUGAUUGUGAACGUCGAUCCCAGUGAGCUGCUCGACAGUCACCCGCAAGGCAUCAUUGCGUACAUUCUGUUCAUGCGUUUGCGAUGGGCAGAUCACAAAAACAAUCCUCGCCAACUGCAGUCGCUGCUCACCAACUCAAUCAGCUCCAUCAAGCAUGUGGCCACGAAAAAUCACAACAAGGACGACCUGGUUAGUUUCUGGAUAUGCAAUUCAUUCGUUCUGCUGAACGCCGUGAAGUACAGUGAGGAGUUGCAAGACGGUGCGGAUAUUGGGAUCGUUCAUGUGCAGCGGUGGUGCAAGCGUAAGGUUGCGGUUGUUUUAUUAUUUUUAAAGCAUGCGCGAUGGGUAAUUUCACUGAUUAUGUCUCUAUGUGCAGACACCGAGGAUGAGUGUGUGCAUACUUUGUAUUGGGAGCGAUUCAAUCUGUCAUAUUUAUCAGAAGACGAGUCAUAA